CACAUUUUAUAAACCACUCUUCCCUUUUUAUAAAAGAUCAUCAUAUUUUGUACCAUUUUUUACCCGCUACCACCGCAUAUCUCGCUAAAAAAUUAUCAUGGCUUCACCCGUUUCUUCCAUUUCUUCAAUUUCUUCUAUGUCUUCAUCGUCUUCGUCCGAGUGGUAUUCAUCAUCUUCGGAAGAGGAUGUUAUUAUGCACAACAUGAUUAUGAACGCGGCUCAGGUGUUCAUGGCAGCCGCUGAAGGGUCGUCCCAACCGCUAACCAGACGAGCAAAAUAUAACCGAGACCAAGAAGCCGGCCACGAUAAACUAGUAGCCGAUUAUUUUGCCGACGAACCCGUGUACCCAGCCGAGAUUUUUCGACGUCGUUUCCGCAUGAGUCGUCAACUGUUCUUACGUAUUGCAGACGACAUGGCCCAGUCUGAUCCGGCAAUUGGAAAGGAAUUAGAAGUUCGGUUUGUCAGCUUGCUUCCAAGAAACUCCACGAAAUGUUAA